GUACCAGUAGUAACCUGCUGACACAAGCUUGCGGGUGCAUUGAUGCCAUGGUGAGACACACUGAAAUUGGCGCUGUGUCUUCUCUUGUGAUCGAGCAGGAUGCUGAGAAAGCUGUCGGAGGCGGAGGGAACAGGUCUUCAACUUCUUCAGGACAGUCACUAAAAACGAGCACAAGAAUAAUCCAAAGUGGCAUGACGUCUACUUCUCAACUACAACAGAGUCAGAGCGCUUCAUCUUCCACAUCAGCAGGAACGUCUAAAGCCAAGACAUCCCUGUUUGGCGCUCCACAACUUGCUAGUUGGCUAGCUCAUUUUGGUGCCGUCACUGCUUUAAUCGAUCGGAGAGAAGACCAUCUACGCAGAGUAGCAACGCGACUAGCAACAAAGUUACAAAGCGGCCACCUACUCUCAGCUAUGGGCGUGUUGAGACGUCUCGACUCGCACGAAGAAGUAGUUGAACGCGAAGUCCGUGUCUCAGUCGUCUCCGUGCUGUCUAUCGACGAGAACGGAAACCCGGUGACCACUUUGGAGAGAAAUUUGGUGCCUUUGUCUAUAGCUUAUCAACCAAAGCAGUCAUCAGCAGCCUCUGUCCGGUCACAAGUCGAAUCUCUGCUACAAGAGAAGUACCCGACUGAGAUUUGGGCGGUUCAUAGUUGUCUAGACGCUGACGGGAAGUGCCUAUGGACAAACGGAGAGGCAACGUUUGGAGGCUUACGUGCGAAGAAGCAAGAAGGUGGUGCCAUAGAUGGAGAACAGCAGGGUGCAACAUCUGCUGGUGGAAGUCGAUUACCGAGGAAGGAAAAAGCAACAGGAGAAACAGCUGCGGGUAGUUCCGGUUCUUUUUCUUCUGGUAGCCUAGGCACAACGUCAAGAACGUCCAAUGACCAAGCAGAGGGUCCUCGUGCUGCCUUCUUCCAUGACGUUGCUCGUAUUCUAGUCGAAAGGUUGGACGUAACAGGCUACUUGCGGCGUGAGCACGAGCGCUCGAAUGCGACGGCUGCCAGGACCGAUGCUUUCUAUGCUGGACUUGAACGACGGUUAUCGAGGGAUAAGAAACUCGAAUUGCUGGAGAAGUACUACAAUCCGAAGAGAUUUUUCCAAGUGGCAGUAGCGCGAUCGCUGAAUCUAGUGGCUGACUAUGCGGCGGCUGAUAAGUUCUGCAUCGGGCUGCGGACACGCAGCACUGUAUCAGCGAAGAGGUGGAAUGAGGUACAAAGCAUUCGUUUUGGUGAUUACCUCUAUAUCGUUUUUAUAUAUAAGUGUAUCUGUAUGUUAAGUGAGCGUGACAAGUUAGUACUCCUACUUCUCCUUGCUUUGCAACGGCCCAACUGUUGACCUUCUGGAAGUCUAAAACUGCACUUCAGCUUCGAUCCGAGUUUCGGACGCACCGCGUUUUUCUGGAUACCGAGCAGAGGCAACAGAGGCGCCAAGAGGAGCAGCGAGAGUUUUACCUGCACCGCUUAUCUCGAGAAGUCUCAGUUUUCAGCAGAGGUUAUCAGCUGUUGAACGUUUUGCGGUCUGAGAGUGACGUCUUCCUUCGUUUUCAACGUUCACAGCUCUAUGACCUAGCUUGGCGACGUCUGCGUCGCAUUGUCGUUCUUGUGCGAGAAAAGCUGCUAGAAGUGACGCCUCUCGUCCUGUUCGCGACCACAUCUGCAGAACAGACUAGAGGACGACGGCGAGAAACAAGUCUGAGAUCCAGCAGAAGACUGGAGAUCAGAGACGAAAGGGAGGCAGAGCUGAGCCUCCACGUAAUCGAAGAACGUGCGAGCGGCGCUAGUUUCAUGUUUUUCGAGGGAGAGGAGCAGGCUUCGGAUAGCAGUGAAGAAGACGAAGGAGGCAAGAAGAAAAAGAAGUCAAAGAAGAAGGCAAAGCGGAAAAAACGUGACGAUAGCACUACAGGAGAUCUUCAUGACGGUGGUAAUCGCGAUCGCGAGAGUAAAAAAGACAAGAAGAUGAAGAAACGAGACAAGGACGUCAGUCUGACUCGAAGCAGCAAUCUAGUUCCGCCUGAUGGGGGUGAUUCAACAAGUCCUAUGCUGAGUACACCUGAUAUCGCAGGGGAAAUUAUGGGAACAACUAUGGAGGAUGGAAAGGAGGAUGGAAAGGGGUCUAAAGAGGACGAUGAAAGAAGAACAGCUGUGGGACCAGAGGGAGAAGCUCUUGGAUCAGGUCCGAAUGCGUCGAUCUUGUCAGGAGUUUCGCAACAACUGAAUGCAACUUUCACACCUGCGGAGUUGAAUGAACUACGAAUGCAUGAGAUAGAAAUGCGAUCUCAGCUUCGACAAGUCGUGUUUGACUCUUUUGGGGAAGAUCCAUUAUUUGAUGGUCUAGAACAAGACAGCAAAACGAUUAGAGGGACUCCUACUUCAACAACUUCUAGCGCCAAGAAGAAACAGAUGUUUCUGUUGCCUCUACUAGUCGCAGAUGAGGAGCUUGCGAAACUAGACCCAGCUGCACUGCGAGCUCUCACCCGAGAAGCACGUUAUUUGUUGAAUCAGAUUGCGCAAGUUUUAGCGAAAAGAAGGGAUAACGCAAGUCUUGUUGGACCAGCUACUACGAGUACGAGCAGAAAUGACAGUAAACAAGGCCAAGGUUCUUCGACGACAUCGACGACAGGCACAGGUGGAGCGACAUCAUCAUCAACAUCUUCAUCGUCCUCUCUGUCAGUGAAAAAUAAGUUUCCGUCUAAGCAAUUUGUGUGGGAAGUGGAUUCAUCGGAGCAAAUGUGGCAACGGGUGCUGCAAGCGCGCGGCCAGUUACUCUGGCAGACUGGUGUGGUGCGUGCUUUAUCAGCGAAGAUGAGGAAGACUGGCGCAGGAGACUCGACACUGAUGCGCAUGAUGAAGCGACGUGGCGUAUUACCACCAGGAGAGAGCGAUGGGGAAGGACUAGCAACAACCGAUCACGACGACGAAUCAGGCAACAAUGACAAUGAUGAUGGCUUACUCGAUGAUGCGGAGGGAAGAACAAGAAAGCUUCGAAAGAAAGUGUCGUCAAGGCCAAGUUCGAAGGAGAAAAAAGACAAGAAAGACGAGGAGGAAGAGAAGACUCGGACUGGUUCAAAAGAGAAGGAUGACAAGAGAGGCGAUAAAACCACAAAUAAAGGCAAAAAGAUGUCAACAAGGUCUGGAUCUUCAGACACGACUACAUCAGGGAAGAAGACCUCAGUUACGAGGAGUAGCAAUAAAGGGAAGGAAAAGACUUCUACUACUAGUAGUACAACUUCUGCUCCGCAGGAACCUAUUAAAGACAAGGCCAGUUCUAGUUCUAGCUCUGCACCUGUUCAUAAGCAGGAGGACGCCAACAAAGCGAAGUCGCCCAAGACAGACCAGUCUCAAGAUAAAGAGCGAGGCAGCAAGAACAAGAAGAAAGAGCGUCAGACAAAUCCUAGUACCCGCGACAUGACGAUGACAAGUGAACAACACGAUACCACGUCGGAAAAAAAGAGAGACAGCGGAAGUAAAAAGAGUAGUACAACAACGGCGAAAAGUGUAUCCAUAGUUCCAGAUAUCAACAACGACGUUGUCGCUGACGGACAGGAAGAUGUAGAGCGGAAAACUGAGCCACAGCCUCCGAAAUCGUUUUUUUCUGAAGCACUAACGGAUCUUCUAGAUGGUUUUGAUGGAGGUUCAUCUCCAGAACGAUCACGAGCAUUGUCGGCGAACGCCGAUUCUAUUGAAGUAGAAGGAGAGAGCACUGAAGGUGAAGAGGCAUCUACUUUUCCUGGUAGCACUACCGAAGAGAGAACAACGAGCAGCACGAGGAAAAAGAAACCGGUGGAGAGAACAAGCCGUACAUCUUCCAGAACUUCUAAGCGCGCUUCCAAAACUCGUGCCUCCCCAGGUCAGAGCAGUGAGAGGGACACCAAGGUACAGGUUGCGAGUGACAAGGCUGCGUCUAGAAGCACGUCAGAAGAAAAAAGACCUGUUCAUGCUGAGCAGAAAGUAGAAGCUCAAGAACCUCUUCUAGUGCCCGCGAUGAAGGCACCAACCACUAUUAAGAAGAGAAGGACAACAAGGCAAAGGAAGUCCCCCCAAGAAGGGACGCCGAGGAGGAAAAGCCAAGAGGAGCAGAUGAUGUCCUCUAGCGGGUACGAAGAUGACGCAGUACUACCGCCAGGAGAUGCUGCUGAUGUAGGUGGAGGUGACGCUUCACUGUCAGGUUCGGCGUCACCAGGGUUUGACCAUAGUACUGAUGGUUCGCCGUCACCCCCAGGGUUUCAUGGCCGUCUCUACGAAGAGCAUAAGGCCGAAGAAGAGAUGGAACUUGCGGACAUGCUAAGAGCAUCCCUGAUGGCUUCGGCAACCUCCAGGAAAACGGCUCGCUUCGCAGACAACGUUGUAGCAGAGGAGGUCAGUAUAGCAGUGGUAGAUGCGAGAAGCAAAGAGAGCAACUCUGCGUCAGCAAGAGCUUCGUCAAGAACGUCACGUCUUUCUGCAGCGCAGACGAACAAUGGGGUAGAUCAGCACCUAUUAUAUGGAAAUGGAGGUCCUUCUGGUGGUGUUCCAAGAAGGAGGACCAGCAUCUUGAAGACGCGUCUUUCGGAGCAUUCGUCUGACGGAGCAUCCUCUCAGAGUCCAGUUCCCGCGAGUCGACUGCGUGGCUUUUACUAUCCUCCAGAAAGAAUGGGAUUCGAGUUCGAGGAUAGCAAAAAAGAAGAAAGGAGAACGAUGAGAAGGAGUAGUAGGAGUGGCAGAAGUCGAGAAGAAGAUAGUAGAAGAAAAAAGAGCAGUCGUGGCAGUAGUCGAAAAAGCAGUGACAGAGGGAGCAGUGGGGGCAGCAGCAAACGACAUAGAAGUAGCGGUAGAAGAAUAGACGAGGAACACGACUGCUCUUCAUCUGCCUCACCGUCUCCUGACCGCCGACGACGUAAACUCAAGGGACAACUUCUGCGUAGACACCAAGAAUCUAUGGCGUCUUCCGCUUCUCCGUCACGGUCACCUGAACGUAAGUCUAGAGGAGGCCGUGGACUGUUUUUAGGAUACUACAGCAUGACGGAAGGCUCGCACACAGCUCCGAAUGACGAGCAAAACGAGCUGCUCCUAGAGGGAGAGCAGGUCGACGAUGACGAAGAUCUUGAAGUAAAAGUAGGUGAUACUCCUGAUAGUGCAACAACAUUCCAAGAUUCUGAUGUAGUAGAACCUCAGACGAUCAUUGAUAAGGUGCCAGCAGCAAGAGCAAGCGCUCGUCCUUCUUCUGCUACAAGAACUAGGCCAUCUUCAGCUACUAGGCCAUCUUCAGCUACUAGGCCAUCUUCCGCAGCGACUCGAAAAAGCAAUAGAGAUGACGGUAGAAGUAGGACGCCGUCUUACGCUUCACCACUGGAGCGGAAGAGUAGAGCGCAGCGAAGAGCCUCAAGAUCCCCUGAGGGUAAACAAGAAUUUGGCACAUCAGAACAACAACAACAAGGGCACCAGUUGAGAGCGAGUCACGUUCUCCCUGACUCUCCUCUGCAUCCAACUGGGUGGCUCUCGCGAGACCACGCUCCUCCCCCCGUCCCUGAUCCACUGGUGAGCUCAUCGGCGACGCGAGCACGAAACAUCAUACGUUUCAUCGCAAAAAGUCAACGGAAAGAGUCCAGAGGGGGCAAUAGCGCUUCUCCGGCACCUGAAGCUAAAAUUAAGGCUUCCGGGAAUCCAUCUUCAGAAGCAUCUUGCUCGGGACGCCAGUCCAAGGACCGAAAAUCUCGAAAAAAUGACUUUCCAGAUGGAUUCCAGGAAGAUCUAAGAAAACGAAGAAGGCAAGAACUUCUUCUGGAGGAGCAGAAGUGAAACCACCAGCGAGCAGCGCGGCUUCUGAUCAGAAGCAGCUGACGGGGGACGGCAGUGCCACAGGUCGUGGCGCCCAAGGAGGUCCUAGCUCGGAUACUGAGGAGGCGCAGGCGGGGAACGUCGGGACUAGAGGCCAAAAAGUUGGCGAUUCCAGCAUUAUGAUGGAUGAGUUAUCUCGGUUCGUUCAUCCUUGUUGUUGUUCAUCUGUAGUCAUUCUAAGUAUUUUGUUCACAGUUUAACUCGUCUAAAAACUGCAGUCAGAUGAGCUUUCUCAAAGCGGGCGCGAGAGGGGAUCCUUAUAUCCAGCGUGGUGCGCCGCAAAAGCGGAAAGAAGGCACUUCCUCGAUUACCUCUUCCUUACUUGAUGAGCGUCUACUCCUCAGAAGUGGCCGCGUCUACGGAUCCCGUCUUCAGCGAGCUUUUGGUGGUGGUGGGGAAAUCGACGGUGUAAGACGAGGAAGGAGUCGUGAUCGAGAUGAUCUAGGAUCUUCAAGGACCUCACGGGCAGACGACGGACAAAGCAAUCUUACUCCUUGGGAAGCUCUGAAAAUUGAGCUCUAUCGUUUGACGGUGAUCCAAGACAGGAUACAUCGAUCACAGGAAGACCUGUAUCACGUCUUUUCGCAGCUUGAUCAGGCUUUAGCGCCUGAUGACAAAGAGCUGACUCAAGUACUGGGAGAGCAAAAAGAGAUAGAGGCGCAAUCACAACGCGAACAGGAAAUAGCCCUCUUGGCGAAACGUGCAGCGACAUUGCGCGAGGCGCUUUUCUCUUCUUUUUUCAAAGGUAGUUUUGCUCGAGACGCGGAAAAUAGUGGAUUAGUAAAAACAACAGGAGGAUGGUUAGCAACUAGUACUUCUUCGUCUUCCUCGACUACUUUUUCGCAAAGCCAGAAGCAAAGCCUUCUUGGUGAAAAUAUCGAGGCACAAACAGCAGCACCAAAAAAGCUCCCACCUCUAGACACUGAUGCGAAAGCUAAGCUCUUUCAAAGACACGAUCUGGCGAUGCGAGAGCGUAUCUUUGGUGUUGCGCCAUCAGGCUCAGCAUCGGUAUCGAGUAAUGCUGCUGGCGCGGCACGUCGUGCCGCGAAUCUCAAAACCGGAGAACAAGAAGAAAGCGGGGGCUCAUCUUUGUUGACAUCUGGUAAGCGAAUGCGCUCGUUUGAGAGGCGUCUGAUAUAUCAAUCGAUCGACGUGGAUUCCCGGGAGCACCAAUGGGUUUACCAAGCCCUGGCUGGUGACAGAAAGCGGGCGACAGGCAGUAAUAACAGGCCAUUCGACGACUUCGCCGACGUAGACGCAAAAGGACGUGGGACUGCAGCAGCGUUAUUGGAACAACUAACGGGAGGUGCAACUACUGCUGGUUCAUCAAGUGGGCCAGGAGGUGGUUCUUCGUCUAGUUCCGGUGCGAGCAGCAAGCGCACUAGUAAGAGCCCAUCUGCUGCUUCGCGACGUCCUUCGAUGAACAAUAUUGAACUACAACAAAAUCAAAAUGAAGGUGGAAGUGGAGCUACCGGAAUGGAGUAUAGUUUCUACUCCGGUAUCGAAGAGAAUCAAGUAGGUCCCGGAGGUAGAGGAAGAACUACUCCGAACAUUAAGGCACAGAAAAACCCAUCCCUUUACGCAGCCCAUUCUUCUCAUUCCCCUUUUACACAAGGGGAAUCCAUACUGGGUUGCUGGCGUAAGGUUGGGCUUUUCUCUUCGCUAAGAACAACAGUUUUUUAGCUGGAACUCUAGGAGCAUACAGUCCUACCAAGAAACCACUAGAUCCAGCGGCUCGUGCCGCAGCCGACGUCUUAGCCCAGUCUAGAGUCAAACUUCGCGCAAACAAUGAAUCUAGCGAGAUGAGGUUCUCUCGACUCUAUGCGGAUGCGUUCAGAAGAAGGACGACGCAGAUGGCGUUGAGACUGCAGAGACAGCAAGAGCUGGACCAGCAAUUUCACGAGGAAGUCGUGGAUUACAGAAAUUAUGUCGUCUCAUACUUACUUUCAUUUUUUGAACAGGUCCAGUAGAAUGAAUGGUAGAUGAAGGAGGGGGUUUACUUCUAAUACUAGGUAGUAGUUGUUAUAGCCAAAGGAGCCAAAAGCUUUUACGUCGACAAGGCAACAUUUGGGGGGCCUGUAUGAUAUUAGCUUAUGCUUUUAACGUACCUACACUCUUCCUCUCUAACCCCCACGGAGGGAGCAAGCCACCAAAAAACGUAUGGAAAAGCAGGGAAUUAGCAAAAUGGCUUAUGUCGAACGAGCAUAUGAUUGGCAGAAACGACGAAGUGCAGCUCUCGCACGAGAACGCGAUGCGCAGAUGAAACGAACACUAGCAGAACUGAAGGAUCCUGUAGUUGAGGGAGGCUCUCAAGAGAUUCUGAAACAACGAAAUUCGGAUCAGAGUACCUAUAAUUUGUAGUUUCUUGUUGAAAGCCAACUACUUGUACGAGCUCUUCAAGAACAGGGUCAGUCGUGGUCAUGUACCUUAUUAAAUAGUUGUUCUGUUUGUCUCAUGAUGUUGGCGUAUGCACUCCAUUUCCAAGAGCAGAAGUAGAUCAUAAUCAUCACGGAACGUGAGCAACUUCAACAUUUACUAUAUUGAUCCUCACCACCACCACCAGGCUCGUUCCUAUCGCGUAUGCAACGUUCUAUUGACUUGCGUGAGGAGCGAAAACCCUACGAAAAAGCUAUGGAAGAUCGAGACAAGGCUCUAGCCGACGCCGAGCUCAAGAAGUGUACCUUCCAGCCCAAGCCGUCCGCAAGUAGUCAAGUGUACAAAGACCGCAUCGCCGAAAAGGAGAGAGCUAGUAGUCCGAGCGGUGCGUUGCCUGGUUUUGACGAGCUUGAUGCGACUAGGAGUCCUUCUGGUAAGGAUCGUAAAGUAGUCGAUCCAUUGUGGGGUAUCCUACGCAGAGGAGCCAGGUUAAUGGAGAAGAAGCGCGUCGCGAGAGAACUGUCACAAGAGCGGAUGUCCUUUACACCAACGACGCGAACUCGAGACUUCUUCCCGGAUGAGGAAUCACCUACGAUUGAAGCCCUGGUCGGCAGGCUCUACUACGAAGACAUGCUCCUUCGAGGUGCAAGGAUGAAUGGAGGUGUCCAAAAUGUGGAGGAGAACAAACAGUAGGAAAACGUUUAUAUGCUCCAGAAUGCGACUAGGCACUAGUAGUACCGCGUUCUCAAAAUCGCAGUAGAAAGUCUUAAUAUGAAAUUUUCCUACUAUGUUGCAGUACGUAGUACCAGUAAUGUAUUAGUCUACCAGUAGAAACUAGUAAGUUGUGUACUAGUUGUAGAUGUAAGUAGUAAGUUUAUCCUUUAUCACUAACUGGUUGUGGUUCUGCUACAAUCAUCGCCUUCUGUUGUCUUUGUCAUAUUACGCAUGUUGUUCGCAAUAAUUGUCAUUCGGGAUUGGCAACACUUCAAUGUUCUCGCGCAAGUGAUAUUUCCGGUUGAUUCACAUAAAAACCAAGGAUAUUUCCAUUGCCAUUGCGAUUUCCAUCUUGUUGACCCGUUCCAUUUCAAAGAAACUACGAACUAGAGCUUCAGCACAUCAUCGUGUAUUUUCAGAAUCAUCAUCAGUAACACGACUAAUUGCUAGCAUGAGAUGAAUGAACAUGAACAUCUACACUGCAUAGCAACAGCAUCGAGCGAAGGGGCAUAGCAACAGAAAAGUGCAUGUCUUCAGCGAUAGCCUUAAAAUGAACCUCUUGUGCACCACUUGUACAACUAUGCUAAUGAUCGAUGGCGCAGAAUGAUUGAUCACAACCUUUUCACUACGAAACGUUGCCUGGCAGUCCAAUUGAG